AUGGUUAUCGUCGUCGUCGUCGUAGGUUUGGUCUGCGUCGUGAUAUUCAUUCCCUUCAGUUCCAAGGAAGUUGACAUCGCCGUCGCCGUCGAGACAGCCUCCCUCGUCCGGUUCUCACUUGACCGCAACGCCCUCGACUACGCCCUCGCGCUGAAUCUAACCUGGUCGAACAACGGAAGCUUCGUCGUAAGGUAUAACGAGCUCAGGGCCAAAGUUUUCUUCUCCGGAGAGACCUUCGGCAUGGCGGUGAUCCCCGGGUUUUCCCAGGAGACAAGGAACACCUCUACGGUAAGCGUGGAAUUCAAAGGCCAGACACGGAUGGCAGAUGAGGCCGCGGAGACGUAUUCCCGGGAGAAGGUGGACGGAAACUACGAGUUUAACGUGGAGGUCGAUGCGAGGCUGUGGAAGGAGAAAAAUAACAGAAAGGAAGAAGUCUUGGAGACGGAGGCUAUCUCCGCGGUGGUGGACUGUUGGAUAAACGUCGCUCUGAUGUCCAACAGUUCAUCUCCAAGAACCUUUGAGAGGACACAAUGUAGAGUGAAGUUUUGA